AUGUUCACUCUGCAGACACCACCUAGACGUCCGCAAUUCUCUACCCCCAAAGUUGAAUUCGAGACGCCUCCGCCUCCACGCGGAAUGCCAGCCCUCCCUGGUCCGCCAUCUUCUGAUGAGGAGGACGACAUGCACGCCAAUCAUCCAAGCCCAGGGGAUCUCACUACUCUCAAGACGCCACGUCCGCCUGGCGCAUGGUUAGCUACACCUGCACCUUCGCGGCAAAGUUCCAAAGAGCCGGCACAAGCUAUCGGGGACGGAAGCUCGGAUAGUGGUCUUGCGACUCCACCAUCCACACUGUCCAGGAACAGCACGCUUUCUGCACAAACUCCGGCACCUCCAGGAGGAUGGAUCGCAACGCCAGCUCCCCCAGGGACGAAGAGUAGGCGCGGCAGCUUGUUGAGGGUUCGCUUUGACAUUGAGUCGGAGACAGCAUCAGAAGGCGUGCACGAGCAUUCCUCAGAACUAGCGGCCACGAACGGUCCCGCGGUGGCGAACGGCAGUUCUGGCAACGCUUCUGCUUCCGCGGUAACAGUUGAGUCUUCGGUUGAAGUCCCCCCUACACCGCCUUCGAUGCGGGACCGCAUCCAGAAGAAGCACGCUGCUCCCCCAAUCCGUGUCCUAGACGCGUAUGGGCGCGAAGAAACUCCUGUUGAGGCGCCUCCCGCUCCUCCCGUGCAACCGAAUGCUGAACCCUUCCCCACGCUCGAGCAACAAUCUCCUCCCAAGUCGCCUUCGCGCAAGAGCAGCCGGACGUUGCUCAACGGCACCCCCCGCAACCGGAGCGCAGUGCGCAUGCUCGACGCCAUGGGUCGCCCGGUGGAAGAUCCAACCCCUCCGCAAGUGCUUUCGGACGACUCGUCGUUGCUCUCUCUCGAUCCGCCGAGCUCGCGGCACGAGGCGCUCGCGCGCAUGAACGACACCGUGUCAAGCAUGCGCGCAGACAUCCGGGACGCUGACAGGUCGAGCGACGGCGCGGUUUUUGACGAACGCAUGUCUGCCGCUUUGCAGGAGCAGUGCGAUGCGGCUGCACGGAACCGCGACAAGGUCAUGCACAAACUCGCGCUCGCGCAGCAGGCCGAGGCCGAGGCGCUCAAAGACCGGACCCGGUGGUCUCCAUUCAAGAAGGUUGGGAAUGGUGCCGCUGCUCUCCUGUUGUUGAUCGACUUUCCUUCGGGACCAGCCCGUGACUGGCGCUACCUCGUUGGCUUCGCGAUCGUUCAGAUCUUGCUUUUCGCGUUGAUGGUUCGUUAUGCCCAUGUUCAAGCACGCAAGCUCUUCCUCACAACGUAUUACGACACGUUCAACCCCGACCUUUACGUCCACCUAGAAACCCACGAUACCACCUCAUCUUUGAUACCCACAUGUCCACCAUGGUCUAUCCUCACGGCGCUUGGCAACCUCUACCACCACGGUCCGUUAGAAGCCCUAGCGGAUACAUGGACCAGUGCGACGUGCACAGCGUCAGCGCUCGUUCGGUCAGUGUUUGGCGGCACGACGGGACCCGCGUACGCGUGGCCUCCGACAUGA